UGAAUGGAGUGUCUCUGAAGCCCAGAGUGGAGGACUUAACUUGCAGCCCGCCGAGAGGAAGGAGACACCAAACUUUAUAAAAAAAAAGACAAGGAAGACGACAACCCACGACAUGAGACGCUGGCAUCUAGUGGCGUUGGGCGCCCUGGCCGCCCUGCUCAGCCUGCCCGGCACAGGAGCCCUCGGAGUGUCCUACUUCGGGGACAGCAACUGCAAAAUACAAGCCAUCCAAGAUGUCUCCACCUUCCAGCUGUCCCUGCAGUUUAAGACCAGCCGCCGCAGUGGCCUUCUCCUAUUGGCUGCCGGGAUGGAGGACUACAUGUUCCUGGAGCUCCAGAAUGGGAAACUACAGGUGCGCAUGGACAUGGGCGCGGGAGAGGUUACGCUGUCCUCUUCUCUCGGAGUGCAACUGAACAACCUUCUGGAGCACCACGUCUCCGUCACCCUCCAGGACUCCAAACUCACCAUGACCGUCGACAAGCUCUACCCCACGUUCGUCCCGGUGACGGGCGCCGACGAAGAGGAGCUCAACAUCGACCUGGGUGUGUGGCUGGGUGGCGCAGGAGAUCUGGAGGCCCCGUUCCUUAGCAACGCCAUCCCACCGUUCCGAGGCUGCCUGACCGACCUGAAGUUCGAGUCCCACGGGUUUGACAUCCUCAGCUCAGAGCAUAAAGAGUGCCACGACACCAAAGAGUCCUGCAGCGGGGAGUUUGAGGCCGGCGACGGCGAGGCCACCAGCUUCGUCAGCCCUGAUUCGUUCGUUUCUUUUCCCACCUGGAGCGGAGCGAGCGGGGCGGGGCGUUCCUUGGAAUUCCUGAUGAAAACCACGAUCGAGGACGCAGUACUCGCUUUCCAUCCCGGCCGUGAAUCUGAUUUCAUUGCCAUAGGUGUGGUAGGGGGCUUCCUCAAAGGUGUGGUGGACCUUGGGAAAGGCAUGCAGGUUCUGGACAACACCCAGGUCAAGCUGGAUGACGACCAGUGGCACAGAGUGAGGCUCCAGGUGGACCAGACCUCACUCGUAAUUAAUGUUGAUAGCCAGGCCAGCACCCUCACACUGGACAGCUCACAAAGUUUGGACUUAGUAGGAAAUCUAUACUUGGGUGGGAUCCAAAGGAAGAUGAAAGAUGUGUUCCAGGAAAGUGGCAUCUUGGAUCGCAUGGAGGUCGAGAUCACAUCGGAGUCUUUCAUUGGCUGCUUCGGAGAAAUCAAAGUGAACCAGAAGGACAGGAGUUUGCAGGAUGCUUUGGUGACUAAGGAUGUGCAGGUGAAAUGUGAUGGAGAGGACUAUGACUACUCAAGCUACUAUGACUCAGAGGCGACCACCACCGCAGCCCCUGUUCGGAUUCGGUACGACGACGUGGACCCAAACGAACGCCACUGCUAUCCCACCGAGGAAAUGCCAGAGGCUUUCCGGAAUAUCACCAAACUCCUUGAUGUCACCCCACUGCUGGUGACCGAGGGUGGCGACGCCUUCCUGGACAUAAGCAACCUGAGACCCACAUUCGAUUUAAACGCGGUAGGAAUGCGGCAGUCUCAGAUCAUCUUCACCCUCAAGAGCGAUCCCUGGUAUGGACUUAUGGAUAUGGAUCUCAAUACCAAACACACCAAAAAGUUCACCCUGCUUGACGUUGUCAACCAAAAAAUUAAGUACCUUCAUGAUGGGAAUGAAAAGUAUGGGGAUCAAAUACUGUUGGAGGUGGCCGCCUUCAGUAACGGCUACAUACCAGAGUGUCUGAAAACGCCACGCGAGUACACACUUCCGGUGGAGGUGGUUCCUGUCAACUCCAUCCCACAACUUGGCGGUGGAGACAUUCUGGUCACAGAGAGGGGUAGAACACGCCUGAGUUCCGAUGUCAUUCAAAUAGUGGACACUGACUCGCGUUGCGAUGAAUUGAAGAUAACAGUAACCUCAGCACCUUCAAGGAACAUUUACCUUGAAAAUGACCAACAGCCAGGGAGACCCAUUUCAGAGUUUACAUGCAGGCAGCUGAAAGACGGCCUUGUCUAUUUUGUUCACAAAGGGGGCAAUGUGGAGGACAUUACCCUUGAUGUAUCUGAUGGCCAUUCAGUCAGUCAAUCCACAACAUUUAAGUUGUCUGUGACUGUACCACAUAUGACCGUAGUUACCAAUACUGGCAUUGUAUUGUCUCAGGGAAGCAACGCUACCAUAGGUGUUCAACAGCUGUCUGUCAUUGCUAAUCCUCGUGAGGGAGAUGUUGUUUAUAAUGUCACGCAACCUCUGCGGUACGGGGAACUGGUCAUAAUUACUAGUAACGGCAUGCCCAAACAGAUCACCUCUUUCUAUCAAUCAGAUUUGGAUCAAGGCAGGGUUCGAUAUGUUAGCACUGACUCAAGUGACCAAGAAAACAAUGUUAUCGACCAUAUUCAGUUUGACAUCCACCUGGGGCAGGUUUCCAAGUGGAACAACACUCUUAUCGUCAAGAUCCUUCCCGCUCCAGUAAAGAUUUCUCGCCUGGACCCAGUGGAGGUUGAAGCAGAAAAGGAGUGGUUAGUCUCUCGUUCAGAUCUUCAGGCACUGGUCAACGGGCAAAUGGCUGACCAACAUAUGGUCAAAUAUGUUCUCCUGAAGCCACCAACACUGGGCAGUCUUCGGUUCCGUGGCAGCGAGCUCUCUGAAGGCGACACCUUUACAGGUCAGGAUAUCCAGAACGACGACCUCAGUUACAUGCACAGGGUCCACAGUGCCGUGGAGAGUGUGGAUCAGUUCCUGUUCAGAGUGUCCGUCGGGGACCAGCAGUCUCCCAUCUACACCAUGCCAAUUACCAUCCUUGCCGACCACAGCGCUGAUUCAACUGCCCCUCAUCUCACCAAUGAAAAUUUGGCUGUGUUGCAGGGCGGGGAGGACAUUCUGAGCAAGAAAUACCUCUGGGUUGAGUCGCAAAGCUCUGUCGAUUUUGUGUACCGGGUCACACAAGACCCAAAGCAUGGGAGACUUAUCAGGGAGUCCCCGCCCGGGCAGCCUAGGUUUGAUGGGGGAAUACGAGUCUUCAGCAACGAGGACCUCGAGCUGGACCGACUCAUUUACAAGCACGACGGCUCCAAGACAGACAGUGAUGAGUUCCAUUUCACAGCCAGUGACGAGACCAACGAACAGACUGACGCCCAGUCGUCCAUGACUGGCGUCUUUAGGAUAACCGUUCAAUCAAAGAACCAGCAUGUGCCCGUGCGGGUCGUCGACAAGACCUUCAACGUGGUCAGGAACGGUCAGCGCUUGCUGACCACAGACGUCCUUCAGUUCAGGGACGACGACGCAAACUUCAAUGACACCCAGAUCGUCUACGCUCACGAGGGAAUCCUGUCGGGGCAGCUGGUUUCGGCGUCCAACCCCUCCCAGCCCCUCUUUCGCUUCACCCAAGCCGACCUGAGAGACAAGCACAUUCUCUUCGUGCACAACGGAGCCGACCGCGAUCACUUCCAGCUGCAGGUGUCCGACGGGCUCCACCAGACGACCACGCGGAUGGAGCUGCAGGCCGGCGAUCCCUACCUGCGUGUGGAGAACAACACCAUGGUGGUGAUGGACCACGGCAGCACCAAGACCAUCGACACUACGCUGCUGAGCGCAGACUCCAACCUGGACGUCCGAGACGAUGGCGAGAUCGCCUUCGAGGUGACGUCUUCGCCCAGCGACGGCAGGAUCAUCGUGAGCGGCAUCGAGGCGUCGAGGUUCACCCAGGAGGACCUGAGGAAGGGAGUCGUGUCGUAUGAGCACAACUACGAGAGCUUGAGGUCCAAGGACUCCUUCGGGUUCACUGUUCGAAGCAAGGGUUAUUCACAAGAAGGCACAUUCAGGAUAAAGAUAUUCAAACAAGGGUAUCUCUCUCAACCGGAUGUGGUCACCAACGAGGUCCUCAUCGCGUACGAGGGGGAACACACCGUGGUCGACCAGGAUCAUCUAAAGGUGGAACAACCAGACAUCCUGCCCUCAGAGAUGGUGUUCACCAUCAAGGGGCUCCCCCGGCUGGGUCACGUUGUCAUGUUGGUGAACAACUCGGACAGGGCCGACACCAUGGUGCUCGACUACUUCCACACGUUCACCCAGGACGACAUCGACGAGGGCCGAAUCCUCUACGUGUCCGCCUCACAGCAGGGCAGUGACGUCUUCCGGGUGGACGUGAGCAACGGCUUCACCAGCGUGGAGAACCUGGAGGUGACGGUGAACAUCGUGCCACGAUUCAUCCCCCUCCACGGGAACAACUUCACGGUGAAGGAGGGGCUGGGCGUGUCCAUCAAUACGGAGAUCCUCAACAUCUCCCACCCCUUCUACGAAGACGCCAACAUCGACUUUGAGGUGGUGGAGCCGCCGCGACACGGCGACCUCCGCUACCUGGACAGGACCGUGCAUGAGCUGACCUACUUCACCUGGGAGGAGGUGAAACUGGGACAUAUCGUGUACAUGCACGACAGCAGCGAGACCACAGAGGACAGCUUCACGCUCGCCGCCUCGUCCUACGAGAUCGAGCGCCGCAGCCUUCCAGUCACCGUGGCGAUCACCGUCGAAUCCGUCAACGACGAGCCGCCCACGCUGACCCGCAACACGGGGCUGGAGGUGCUUAGCGGGGAGGAGUCGGACAUCACCUCCAGCAUGCUGAGCACCGAGGACAACGACAGCGCCCUGGAAGAGCUGGUCUACCAGCUGGACGCCACGCCCACCAGCGGCCUGGUGGCCCUGAAGGAGGCGCCCGACCACGGCGUCAUGAACUUCACCCAGGCCCAGAUCAACAACGGCGAGGUCAUCUUCAUCCACGAGGGCGAGGAGUCGGGUGGCUUCAGCUUCAAGGUGACGGACGGUGAACACACAUCGCCCCUCUACCACUUCAUCGUCACCGCCAGGCCCCUCGCCAUCACCAUGGAAACGCAGGAGGACCUCAUGGUUUUCCCCGGAACACGACAGCCAAUCACCAGCGCGAACCUGGGGGCUGUGACCAACGAGGACGGGAAUGAGAUCAGCUACUCUCUGCUGCGUCCGCCCCGACUGGGCAGGCUCAUCCUGGCCAACGACAGGAACCAGUACGAGGAGAUCACUGGCUUCACCCAGACCCAGCUGGAGGCGGGCCUGGUCUUCUACGAGCACCAGCUCCCCGAGGAGCCCUUCUGGGUGGUGAGGGACACCGUGGAGCUCCAGCUCAGCUCCCAGCCGGCCCCAGACCUCCUUCACGUCCUGCCCGUCACCGUGUCCUACUACGCAGCGCACCCCAACGCCUCCUCCCAGCUCUGGAAGAACAACGGUCUGGUGGUGGUCCAGGGUGAAGGCCAGGUGAUCGACAGCUCCGUCCUGGACGCCUCCAACCUGCUGGCCAGCGUCCCCGAGGCGGAGCGCGGCCGCCUGGACGUGGUGUACGAGGUCACGCGCUUCCCCGCCCACGGGCGCCUCAUCCUGGCCGGGACGCCCCUGGCCCGCAGCUCCCCGGUCUUCAUGCAGCGGGACGUGACUCGCGGGUCCCUGGAGUACGUGCACGGCGACUCGGCCGCGCCCGCCUCCGACGGCUUCUCCUUCCGGGCGUACCUCAACCGGCCGCCGCAGGAGGUCGUCUCCUCGGCCCAGUCGGUGGUGCUGGAGGAGGAGCUCCACAUCUCGGUCGGCGGCCGGGAUACCCGGCCGCCCGAGCUGGUCAGCGAGGACGCCACGCUGGAGGUGCUGCAGGGCGCGUUCACCCUCCUGACCCAGAAGCACCUCAACACCCGGGACGAGGACAGCGCGCCCGACCAGGUGCGCUACGAGGUGACGGAGGAGCCCGGGAACGGCCGGCUGGUGCACGCGCUCUCCCUGAAGCCCCUCGUCGAGUUCAGCCAGGAGGCGGUCAACCGGGGGCGGGUGGGCUUCGUGAGCGACGGCAGCCUGGCCGCCGGCGCCGUGCGGUUCGUGCUGACGGACGGCAGCCACCGCACCGAGCCGCACGCGCUGCGCGUGGUGGUGCGGGCGCGCGCCCUGGUGCUGGCGGCGGCGCCCGAGGUCCGGGUGAGGCAGGGGGACGACGAGACCCCGCUGACGGAGGACAUCCUGCGGGCGGACGCGGGGGGCCCCCCGGACGAGGAGGUGGUGUACAACAUCACGGAGGCGCCCCGGUACGCCGCCGUCAUGGUGGACCGCCUGCCCACCUCGGCCUUCACGCAGACGCAGGUCCGCGAGGGCCGGGUCAGCGUGCGCUUCGUCAAGUCCACGUCGCCGCGCGACAGCGUGGCCCUGGUGGCGUCGGUGGGGCCCGGCGGGGCCGUCAGCGCCUCGACCGUCCUCCGCAUCACGGUGGAGCCGCUGGCCGCCGUCGCCCGGGACCCCGUGCUGCCGCGCGGCGCGCUGGUCCGCCUGGACCGGGCGCUGCUGGACGCCAGCGCCCUGGAGAACAAGACGGGGGCGGCGCCCGUCUUCAGCGUGGUGCAGCAGCCGCGGCGGGCGCGCUUCGUGCGCGCCGGGGGCCCCGGGGCGGGCCAGCCCCUGGACACCUUCACCCAGCGGGACCUGGACCAGGGCCGCGUCGCCAUGGAGAUCUCCGACGGCGCGCCGGCGGAGGGGGCCCGGGGCGACGGCGUCCACCGGGACGAGGCGCGCUUCCUGCUCAAGGCCCACGGCGUGCCGCCGGCCGAGUGCACGCUCUCCUUCCUGACGGAGCCCUACAACGCCUCCGCCGUCUACCCCGUCGCCCUGCUGCGGGCGCCCGAGGUCGGCGCCGACCCCCCGGGCGGAGCCGGCCCCCGUCCCGCCGCCACCGACGACCCCCACCGGAGGGUCGACGACGACCUGACCCGCGGCGACCCGGGCACCACCACCACCCCGAGCCCGGGGAAGGCCACCGAUCAAAAGCCGGUGGUGUCGCGGCGCAACAACCUGUGGGCCAUCCUCAUCCCCAUCAUCAUCAUCCUGCUGCUCCUGCUCGCGGCGGCCUUCCUGGCCUACUGCCUGAUACGCAAGAACAAGACGGGCAAGCACAACGUGCAGAUGGUGGCCGCCAAGCCCAAGAACGGCGAGGUGGCGAGCUCCGAGACCUUCCGCAAGACGGACGCGGCCGGGAACAUCCCCAUGUCCAACAUGGACGGGAAGGAGGCCGACCCCGAGCUGCUGCAGCACUGUCGGACCACGGACCCUGCGCUGAAAAAGAACCAGUACUGGGUCUAAGACUGUCUCCCCAGGGCCGGAGACAGAGGUCCACCCUCAGGUCCGUACAACACUGCCUCCGGAGUUACUCAUCGUGUUUAGCGUCGUAAGACCUCUCUUGCCGCAGCAAUAGAACUGACUAGAAUUCAACUCUUAACUUUUGGUUACUCACUUUGCGCUUCAUCCGUGGAACAACACUCAGGCAACGAAACACUGAAUAUCCAUCGGCAAACGACGAGGCGUUAUUUUUCUCAUUCUCUCGGAGGCUUUAGCUAUGUCUAUUUAUUUUUAGUUUUUUCAUUCUGUUUUUUUCUGAACGGGGCACGAGCGAGGACAUGGACACGCUCUGUGUGUGUUUGCAAAAAAAACUAACGUUAUUUUUUUUGUGUGCCCGGUCAAGGUCUUUCAUGUGACUACGAAAGCAGCGUUUAGAGUGGCCAUUUUAGGAGUUCUGUUUGAUUGGCGGUAGAACUUCUGAUUCGGUUCAGAGAACUGUCUCAUGGUGAUGAGAGAUGAGCCUUCAUUAACACUAACUAACCAAAACGCCCUGAACAUCAGGUCCUAAAGAUGGCCACUUUAAACGUCUUUUUAUUUGUAGUUAUAUGCAGUCAUUACGAAUUACCUUUUCCUAGAAAUUCGAUACAUUUUCAUGGUACAAUAACGUACAAUACCUAGGAUAUGCGGGCCAAGGUUGGUAAGAAUUUAGUGUCUUAUUCAGGGAAAAUUACAGCUUCCAAAAAACCUAGAAGCCCACACAAUAAAACCGUGCGGCAGUGCAGAUUAUAUUGAAUUUAGACUUGACUGAAUUCCAUCAUCUUCCACACUUUCUAAGUUCUGUUUGUUUCCCCAAGGACGUGUCUAUAUAUUCUCCAGGCUGGCACAUCCUUCACCACAGAGCUGCAUGGUACCUCACUCCUAAACCAAUAGGAGGAAUCCAUUUUGUGGCCUCUGCCUUUUACACGUUUUUAUUGGCUGACGAGCGGAGAUGAGGUCAUGUGGAACAAGCUGGGUUUCCAUUUUCCAAGCCUGCUAUUAAGAUUUCAUAAAAAAAAAAAAUCUAAGACUGACUGCUGUCUAACUGACUAGGAACUGUUUGUGAAACACACUUCACUGGAGUCAGUAGGAUUCCACCCCACCCGCAAGGCAUUUUGGGUAAUUUCUCUCUGACGUCAUGCAUUCCGUAUAUAUUAGCUGUGAUGGAAGAAACAAAAACCAGUCUUAAACCUACGAUUAAUGCUUUAUUGAUUACGUGGCUUUCAAGCUAUUUUUAGUUUUUAUUGUUGUUAUUGUUGUUAUUAGACGAUCUGAAAAGAUGGUCAAAUGAUCAGGAUGUGCAUUCAUACACUUUCAAAUUCUUAUCAACGAACAGCAAAGUGAUAGAACCAAGAAUCAUAAUCCAAAAACUAGUGAAAUCUAGAACAGAGUGGUUAAAGAACGCUGCCGUUCAUUGUUAAACAAAAAAAAAUAAAACAGAAAAAUCAGGGUACAUCAAUACUGUGUUUUCCUAACCCUCAUUCACAAAGACACGCCACAGUGAUUAACAAGAGUUAACAUGUAUUCAGAGAGAUACCAUAGAGUAUUUGUUGUACAUUUCCUUUAUCAUUUACAUGGUUGAAGAUGGUACCUUUAUACUUUCCUAGUUAUAUGCUUAAGUACACCCUUUCUGUUAUGCUUUGUAUAUCUGUCUUCUAUCUGUGUAGUGGGUUUCGAGGGGAUUUUGAUUUAACUGACAUCAUAAGGUGGAUUGUGUGAUACAUUUUCCCACUGGCUUUCCCAUCAUGGGCCUUGUUCACCUAGCAGCCAUCUUGGUUCUAAAUCCAUACAUACAGAACUCCCCAUUCAGUUCCCCCAACCAGCUAGCAUUUAGAACCAAGACGGAACCAAGAUGGUGGCCAGGUGUAUAAGGCCCGUCUCCCUACCUGUUGGCCCGAGGGCCAUUCGCUUUUCUUGCUGGAUCUACUAGAACCAACGUAUCUUGCUAUUGUUUCGUUGGGGGGGGGGGGGUUGUGUGAAAAAUAUUCUAUUUUUGGACAAUGUUUUUGUGCUUAGUGGUAUAUAUUAGUCAUUGUUAUCUUUCUACUUAUCAUUAGACUUCAAAGGCGUGUGUGUGUGUGUGUGUGUGUGUGUGUGUGUGUGUGUGUGUGUGUGUGUGUGUGUGUGUGUGUGUGUGUGUGUGUGUGUGUGUGUGUGUGUGUGUGUGUGUGUGUGUGUGUGUUUUUAUGUGCGUACAUUUGUGCUUGCCAAAUGUGCCUUAGCCAUUCUCUCAUUCCAUUGCUGUGCCUCUAUCUGCCACUGUAUCACUUCCCUGGUGUUAGCUUGAAGCUUCUGUUUUCAUAUUGAUCUCUAUCAUUCCCCCAACCGUUAUCAUCAUUCAUUAUUUAUUUUAAUUUUUUUCAUUACAAUUGUCAGAAUUCAUUUUUUUCCAAAACAUAAGUGAUAUAAGAGUCAUACAACAGAAGACAAUUUCUCUUUUUGAAACCGGAAUAAUGUCUAACAAAGCUACUUCAUAGAGUUGUCCAUGCACUAAUAGAAAUAAAACUUUCAUGCAACAAAAGCUGAGCUGUUUUUUGUUAUUACAUUAACCCCUUUACCGAGCCUGCAGGAUAAUUAAAACAUGUGUGGCUGCAAACAUUUUUAUGAGCAUUUGCUUUCCCUUUUA